AUGGAAGAUUAUUUAAUUGAAGUCAAUGGUCAAAAUAUUGAAAACCUUAAUCAUGAUCAAGUAGUACAAUGCAUUCGUGCUGUUAAGCAUCCAGAGCCAUUGAAACUAUUAGUAGCUGAUGCUCAUACAUAUGAAUAUUAUAAAGGGCAAAAAAAAAUUAUUCAUCGUGGCUUACCAAAUAUUAAAGUCAUGCCCGCUAAUAGACCAACUUGUUGA